AUGGCACCCCCAGGGAAAGUUCGAGAUUCUGAAGUCAGUGUCCACUCCAUAAGUCCUUCAGGGCUGCCCAGCUGCUCCCAUUUUGUGUUGCAAGAGGUGCGCAUCUUUAACCACCCUGUUCUUGGCUGGGUCACCUUUGCUGACCCUUCAACUCGGGAUCCUUUGGGUGAGCCGUGGCCCCAGGGCAGUGAUGCCACUGUAGCCACUGGGCUGGGGCCUUCUCCAGGACCGGCUCUCUUCAGAAGCUCCCCUGGGGCGCCCCCUGCAGGCCAGGCCCAGCGGCGCAAGUGCAAGGACCUAACUGCGGGUCCUCUCCCCCUGCCAGACUUUGUUCGUGUGAUCAUGAGGCGGACCUAG